AUGACUCCAGAGAUCAAAUGUGUAAAACCUGUAGACGAUAAACCCAAACCUUCAGAAAUUAUUGAAUCUAGCAAUAAAGAAGUUAAACUAUCUCCUGACUUACCUAUUAACAAUGAGUCUGAGACCAAUAAUGAAGAAGCCAGUAUGAGAACAGUAGAUUUAAGAAGGCUAAUAACAGAUACACGUUAUGAAGAUGAGAGAUACUACACAUUCAUGUACCAGACGGCAGACUCUCAUUUCUUAGAAGAUAGACCAUCAUUUCUUAGAAGGUUAACAAUUGGUACUGCACGCCUAUGUACUGGAUGGCAGACUCUCAUUUCUCAGUUAGCAACG